AUCCCAAAAACAUUCUCCCCGUAUAUAAAGUCCCCGAACCCCCCACUCUCCCUAUGCACAUUCACUCUUUUUCUCUCACGCCGGCAUUUCUGCAAACACUUCACAAUCACCCUCUUUUUCAUGCCUUCAAACCCAGACCAGAACCCGGAUCAAACCAAACCCGGUUCCAAAAACCGGAAAGGGAAAAACGACACCCAGUUCCGUGGAGUUCGUAAACGGAGAUGGGGCAGCUACGUUUCUGAGAUAAGGCUUCCGGGUCAGAAGACCCGGAUAUGGCUCGGGUCAUUCGGGUCGGCGGAGAUGGCGGCUCGGGCUUAUGACUCUGCGGCUUUCUUCUUGAAGGGAAACGCUGCGAGUUUGAACUUCCCUGACUUGGUUGAGUCCUUGCCCAGACCACAGUCUUGUUCGAGGAGGGAUAUUCAGGUGGCGGCGGCGAAAGCGGCGGUUCAGGAAGUGACGGCGAGUCGGGUGGAGGAUGAUGGAUGUAGUGGGUCGUCGGGGUGUGGGUCGGAGAGUGAUAAGUAUUGGGAGUAUGUGGAAACGGCGUCGUUUGAGGAAGUGAAAAUGGGUUCACGCGUGAGUCAAACGAGGUUUGACUCGGUUAUUGAGGAGUUGCAAAGUUUAAUGGAUUGGCCCGAUUGGGAUAAUGAGUUUUUGAUGGGUUCUUCUUCAGAAGGCUUUUAUUAUUAGGUUUUAUUUUUUUUUAAAUGUUAAUAUAAUAUGGAGUUCCACAAAGAUAUGGAAUAAAGUUUUGUAAUAUACAAUUGUAAAUUUAUCAUGUAUACAAAUGUAAAGUUUAUCAUGUAUUCAAAUUAACGUAUAUCUUUUAGAUUAAA